UGAUUAAAGUACUGCAUUUGACUGAAAUACUGGGAUAUUUUUAUUGUUAGGUUGAAGUUAAGAGCUGAUUCUUAUUAACAAAGGUCAACAAAUAAUUCUAUUCAAAUGUGUACGUGGCUGACUAACAAAUUCUUAGAUGUACGUCAAAAAUUAUACACUUGUUCAAAUAAGUAGGAUUUUUGCUUAUGGUAGGUGGUGACUUCCGCUAGUAAAAAGGUAAAUAUGGCACCUUCCAAUAUUGUAGUUUUCGCGCUCGUCCUUUUCGCUGCAAUUUCUUUGGGAAAUACAGAAAGCAGCAAAUAUGCAUUUGCAAGAGUCGAAAGUUGUAGAGGUUGCAGCUUAAAUCGGCUUCCUGAAGUCAAAAAAUUUGUCUUCGAGGAUCUGCCUCUGUAUGAAAAUAUAGAAUUCAAGCCUAUACCUGGAGCAAUUCCAGAACUUAUACUUCUAAAUGAAAAUGAGGAAGAAGUGGAAAGGCUACAGCUAUCACAAUUGAAUCGUGAGGAGUGCAAUGAACUUCUCAGCUCCAAGGGCUUUACAAAAUCCUCUAAAACUAUCAAGGAUGAAAUAUAGAUAAUGCAUUCAAUCAGUACAUAAAUAAUUCAUAUUUGGGAUGUAUAAAUACUGGAUCUGUAAAUUUAGGAUCUGUAAAUACUUUACAUGAUUUAUAAAACUCUAUAAACAUCCAAUUUGUUAUCACAGGACUAAAAGUCUGUUCUCUGACUGAUUCAGUACCAACGUACUUAUAAUAUGACAUCGAAGCAUAUAACACUGUUAUUUUUUAAAUUUGCACAAAUUCUCAAAUUAAUAUACCCUCCCAGGAUAACAAUUUAAUUUGUCUAUGGUCAAAUUUGUAUUCAUACUAUAUGUACUGAACUUAAGCUUGUAUAUGCAGAUCGACAAAAAUCAUGUCCUUUAUGUUAUUUAAAACUGUACUUAGUACAAUAUUCUCUGUGUGUUAAGUAUAUAUUACCUUAUACUCAAUUUCUUAAUCAUUACUUAUAUUUGAACAAACAGAAUAAUCUUACAAUACAGAUUCUCUACUAGACAACAGUCCAAGACAAAAUGCAUAACACUUGCACACAAUUCUAGAAAUAAAUAAAGGGGAUAAUAAUGAAGAGAAAGAAAUCGAAAUGGUGGCUUAAAUGUACACACGAGUCUGCACAUAGCAAAUAACGUAGGGGCCCUUCAACGCACAAAUCGCUGUUUUUUUGUUGACCUAUUAAUACGUAGUUGAGGUGAGUGAAUACUCACCCCUUUGGAGCUGCAAUCUGUGAUACAACUGCUAGAACCGCAAUGUGAAAGAAUCAUCCAUUGUGGCAUGCUUGGGCUGCCUUAAACAAUAACAGUUCAAUGUAUAACUACAGAUUUCAAUAAGGUUUUACUUGCAAUUCUAAACAGCUAAUCCGAAAUGGCAGAAAUAAUUUGACUUUGAAAAAGAAUCACAUUGCUUAUUCAUAUGCACAAUGUUCCUUUUUCUCAGUCUUGUUUUGGAGCGAUUUUAUAUUAUUCUUUCUAUUGCUGCUACCACUGUAUUACUAUUAUUUACCUCGUAUAUAUAUUUUGUUUCAAAUUGUUAACUUUAUCAUGACUAUUAUUCAAUAGGGUAGCCCCGUGCUUGUUCGAUGUGCCUCUGCACAACGAUAUUUCCGCCCUGUCUCUUUCUCUCCCAAAAUUUCUAUUGGAAUAAACUACUCAAAUCACAUACCAGCACAAUAAGGAAACGGGUGAAUUAUAUAGACACCUGGAGGGAUAAAUUAAAGAGAAGAAGAGUUCUCGUUGUCGUCACAAUGACGAUUCUACGAUUAAGAUUGUUAAAAGUUAUUCAAUAUACAUAUGUGGAAAUAGAAUAGCGACUACUGUACUUCUAUCGAUCUUUGUAUACAAUGAUUUUUGAGACAUGUCCAAUCAUAUUGAAUGUAAUAAUUAACAUAUGUCGAACGAAUUAGCAUGUUUUGUAUGUCUCUUGCGAAACUUGCUGGCCUUAUGUACUGUCCGUUAAUAAACAAUCUAAUCUUACCUUA